CUUUUUUGUUAUUAAUAAUAUUUAAAGAUGCAGACAUUUACUGGAUUUUUUUACAUAACAAAUCUAAACCAAGGGGUGGCGAUGCCUCAGUGAUCAAUCAGGUUAUGUAUAUAAAGUUAUAGAUACAGUGACUCAAAGGGUUAAAUAUGUUAGAACAGUGAAGCUCAGCUUUAUUCCAGAUGCUAUCAAAUUAUUAAAUAAUCUUUAUAUAGAAAAAAGGAUGAGUCUUGACCUGUAAACUCAAAAAUUAUGUCAUGACUGUUGAAGUAUUGGCAAUUAGAAAUAGCAUUGUCUAUUUUUUCUCCUUAAUCCUUAUUUGUAUAUUAUAAUUUUGUGAUGCAGAUGGCUCCUUAACCAGCUUCUUGAUAAGCAUGCAGUUACAUCUGAUGAGAAGGCCAGGAUAAUAUGUCUGCAACAGCAAAUAGCAAAAUCUGCGAGGAUAGGAAGUGAUGUCAACAAAAAACGAAAGACACGCAUCUGUAUGCUUUUUUCCGAGUUCGACAAGCUCACAACCAUUAUUGAUUUGUAUCGAGGUGUACUUCCAACUUUCCAGGUGUUCCUGAAGAAGUUGCAACAUGAAAAGCCCAUGAUUCAUGUGCUGCAUGCUGAAAUGCUACUGCUGGUUAGGGAACUUCUCUCCAAAUUUAUGAAGCCUAAAACUAUCCCUUUGAGUGCAAAUGGCUUGUUGAAGCUUAAUGUUCACCAGAGAGACCUGCAGUACACUGACAAAAGGUUGUCUGUGGGAAGAUUCAGCUUCUUUGCCUUAAACAAGGCUAGAGUGGAAAAGAAGCCCUGGGUGCAGAAGCUCUACAGUUCUCUCAGAGAAGGCUACAUAAAGGCAGCAACAUUCCUCCUGAAAAACCUGCCCCUCAACAACAUCAUCAUUACCUCUUUAUCUGCGUUGACACCAUCAUUGAUUCUCCACGAAUCAGUCCAAGGUGCAUUCAACACCUUGGCCAAGGCCUUGCCAAAUGCUGUGAAGUCAGAAGAGUUGGGUCAACUGGAUGAAGAGGUUCGAGCCUACCAGAUUAAUACAGAUCUAGGAGCACAGGCCAAAUGCUUUGAGGAGAACAAUGCACGAAUCGAUGUUGACUGGUGGAGUAAGAUUUUUGCCAUGAAGAUGACAGGAGGAGGAACGAGGUUCCCCAUCUUAGGGAAGUUGGUAAAGGCUCUUCUGUCAUUGUUCACUGGCCCUCUUGUAGAAGGAUCAUUUAACAUGAUGGAUGAUAUAAUUGAGAAAGACAGGGUUAGGCUGAACAUUGAGACUUAUGAAGGUUUAGCCAUUCUCAAGUCCAACAUGAAGGUAAUGGGCAAAACUGCAUCUAAAAUGCAAAUUACCCCUGCAUUAAGGAGAUUUUGCCUGUCUUCUUAUGAGACAUACCAAAAUCAUCUGAAGAAAAAGAAGGUGAACCUUGACAAUCAAAAGGAAAGGAAACUGAGGGAAGCUGUGAAGGUUCUCUCAGAAGUUAGGGUUAGAAAAGUAAAGAAAGGUUCCACCUCUUAUGUUUGUGCUAAAGCCCCCACCUCUUCCACCCUGGGAGUUAAACGAAUAGCUGCUGCUACAGCCUCCACCUCCUCCACUGCUGGAGUUAAAGGUAAAUCUGCUGCUACAGCCUCCACCUCCUCCACUGCUGAAGUUAAAGGUAAAUCUGCUGCUACAGCCUCCACCUCCUCCACUGCUGGAGUUAAAGGUAAAUCUGCUGCUACAGCCUCCACCUCCUCCACUGCUGGAGUUAAAGGUAAAUCUGCUGCUACAGCCUCCACCUCCUCCACUGCUGGAGUUAAAGGUAAAUCUGCUGCUACAGCCUCCACCUCCUCCACCUCUCCUGGAGCCACUCCUGCACAUGUAGCUAGUCAAACACUAAAACGGGUUUCAGGUGUAGCCAAGCUUCAGGAAUAUGGUUUUACAGCCAAAAAGCAGAAAAAGUGAAAAGCACUCUAGAGGCAUUUGGACAAGAAAAGCACUUUUUGGAAUUUAGUGGUGGUGCUGUUACUUUUUUUUUGCUGUUAAUUAUUAAUAGUUUCACAAAACAUUGUUUGGUGUUAUAAGAUACAUAAAACAUGCACUGAAAAUACACUUUUUGAAAAAGCACUUUUUGGAAUUUAAUGGUGAUGCUAUUACUUUUUUUCUGUUCAUUAUUAGGAGUUUCACAAAACAUUGUUUGGUGUUAUAAGAUACAUAAAACAUGCACUGAAAAUACACUUUUUGAAAAAGCACUUUUUGGAAUUUAAUGGUGAUGCUAUUACUUUUUUUCUGUUCAUUAUUAGGAGUUUCACAAAACAUUGUUUGGUGUUAUAAGAUACAUAAAACAUGCACUGAAAAAAACACUUUUUGAAAAAGCUCUAUUUUGAAUUUAAUGGUGGUGCUAUUACUUUUUUUCUGUUAAUAUGAGUUUCACCAAACAUUUGGUGUUAUAAGAUAAAUAAAAACAUGCACUGAAAA